AUCACGCUGCUCUGUCCGGCCUGGCCUUGGGCACUGCCAGGGAUCCGGGGGCAGCCCAGCUUCUCUGGGUGCCUGUGCCAGGGCCUGCCCACCCUGCCAGGGAAGGUUCCUUACGGACAUCCCGUCCAUCGCUGCCCUUGGGAAGCCAUUCCCCGUGUGGAAUCCCAGCACGGUUUGGGUCGGGAAGCGCCUGUAGCCCCCACAGUUCCCCCUGUGGCUGAGUCGGGGGACUGAGGUGAGGUGGGGGCAAUGCCAGGUGUGCGUCCUGGUGCCAGGCAAUGCCAGGUGUGUGUCCUGGUGCCAAGGCGGCCUGUGCUGUCCCCAGACCGUGCCCGGGACACGCUAACCAACGAGACGGUGGCCCUGAAGAAGGUGCGGAUGGACAACGAGAAGGAUGGAAUGCCCAUCAGCAGCCUGCGGGAGAUCACCCUGCUCCUGCAGCUCCAGCACCCCAACAUUGUGGAGCUGAAGGACGUGGUUGUGGGAAACCACCUGGAGAGCAUUUUCCUGGUGAUGGGGUACUGCGAGCAGGACCUGGCCAGUCUCCUGGAGAACAUGCAAACGCCCUUCUCAGAGGCUCAGGUGAAGUGCAUCAUCCUGCAGGUGCUCAGGGGCCUGCAGUACCUCCAUGAGAACUACAUCAUCCACAGGGACCUGAAGGUCUCCAACCUGCUGAUGACCGACAAGGGCUGUGUGAAGAUAGCUGAUUUUGGGCUGGCACGCACCUACGGGAUGCCCCCUAAGCCCAUGACCCCCAAAGUGGUGACCCUGUGGUACCGUGCACCAGAGCUGCUGCUGGGCAUGACCACCCAGACCACCAGCAUUGACAUGUGGUAAGGGGGGCUGGGGG